UCGCCGCCGCCCCUUUCACCACCACCGCUACCACCAAAAAAUGGGGAAAGGUGCUGCCUUGUCAAACGGAGUAGUGAAGAAGAUCAUUCUUUCUUAUACAUAUGUAGCAAUCUGGAUCUUCCUCUCCUUCACUGUCAUUGUUUACAACAAAUACAUUCUUGACCGCAAGCUCUAUGGAUGGCCCUUUCCCAUCUCUCUAACAAUGAUCCACAUGACCUUUUGUUCAUCUUUAGCUUUCCUCCUUGUUCGUGUUUUCAAAGUUGUUGAGCCUGUUUCCUUAUCUCGGAAUGUUUAUCUCACUUGCAUACUUCCCAUUGGUGCUCUUUACUCUGUUUCUCUUUGGCUUUCAAAUUCUGCUUACAUUUAUCUUUCUGUUUCCUUUAUACAAAUGCUCAAAGCCCUUAUGCCUGUUGCUGUUUAUACCAUCGGGAUCUUGUUUAAAAAGGACACUUUUAACAACUCCACCAUGGGUAAUAUGCUGGCAAUUUCAGUGGGUGUUGCUAUUGCUGCUUAUGGUGAAGCAAAGUAUGAUUCUUGGGGUGUUUUUCUUCAGUUGCUUGCUGUUUUGUUUGAGGCUACUAGACUUGUUAUGAUCCAGAUCUUGUUGACUUCAAAGGGUAUUAGUUUGAAUCCAAUUACUUCUCUCUACUAUGUUGCUCCUAGCUGCUUGGUUUUCUUGUCAAUUCCUUGGAUUUUUGUGGAGCUUCCAAUUUUGAGACAGAGCUCGAGUUUUCAAUUUGAUUUUGCUAUUUUUGGGACUAAUUCGUUGUGUGCCUUCGCCUUGAACUUGGCUGUGUUCUUGUUGGUGGGAAAGACUUCAGCUUUGACUAUGAAUGUUGCUGGGGUUGUCAAAGAUUGGCUUCUUAUUGCAUUUUCUUGGUCAGUGAUUAAGGACACUGUGACUCCAGUGAAUCUGAUUGGGUAUGGAUUAGCUUUCUUGGGAGUUGCAUACUAUAAUCAUAAGAAGUUACAGGCAUUGAAGGCAAAGGAAGCACAGAAGAAAUCUCAGCAAGCUGAUGAGGAAGCAGGGAGAUUGUUGACUGAGAGAGACUCUAAUGGAUCAUCUGAUGGAAAGAAGGGUGAUUCACAGGCCUAGUUGAACCUGUGACAAAAAAGGGUAUCAAAAUAAAUCUUAUGAACAAAAGGGUUGUGAGAAGCAUUAGCUUUGGGGGUUCUCUUCAAGUUGACUUGUGCUUUUCAAAUGGAUCUUGGUAUGUCUGUUACUGUUCUUGGGAAUAGAUCAGUUCCAUUUCAUACCUAAGGUUAUUUAGGAUAUCCACAUUUCUUUGUUUACACUGCAGAUUCAAUUUAUGUAUCUUAUUACUAGUAGAUUUAAGAUCUGAGAUACCCUUCCUUAUAGCUGUUUUGAGUUUCUGCUACUAUUUUUACUUGUUGAAUCCUUGAUAUUACUACUAUAAUUUAUUUACAAUUUUCCCUUUUAAUCAAGGUUGAUGUAUGGUGCUUUUA